AUGAGUAACCGCACCAGCUUCCAUUUAAGAACAAAAAAAGUUGUAGUUAAAAAUAAAACGGUUCAAAAGACUGAAACUACCAGGAGAAGCUCAGAAAAUGGUCCUGGUCCUAGUGUAGAAAACUGUCCUAGUGUAUUUCAACGGAGUGGAAAAACAGCACGAACACCACCGGAACCAUCCCCAAUUACAUAUACGCCACCAUCAGCAGCAUCACAACAUACUUCUGAGAGACACCAUCAUCCAUUGUAUCUUGGUGUUACCCCAAUUUUACGAGAGAUUGCUGCACUACCGAUAGUCGUUAGAACACCGACAUCUAGCAGAAAUCAGUCAUCUACAGACGAAGUACAAGAGACUCCGCGGCUUCCAUCACCACAAAGAACCCAUCAUCAGGACGGUACUCCUGCACAACAUCCAACAUCUCCGCUAUCACCACAACUUCAACAAUCACCAAUCAAUAACCGACCUACGGAUCCGCCACCACCUCCUCCAUCGCAACAGCAACAAUCAUCUUUAAAUUCCAACAGCUCAGAAACUACGCAGCAGAAUAUGGCUACUGUACCGUUCAGCGAACUCUAUAAGGACAUCCCAAAAUGCACAAAAACGACUCUUUUGGAAAUAUCUCAAGAACCAAACUAUCGAUACUUUUCAUUUUUGGAUAUGGAUUUUUUGGUUAUAUCCAAAGUGGACAUUUUGUCCUCAGACACGAAUAUCAUCCAGAAAUUUCUUCUUGGAAUUUAG